AAAAAAAACAGACAAAAGACAAAUGAAUGAGAGCAGAUAAGGGCGGAUGGAUGGAGUCUAUUUUUAGUUCUGGGGAUGAGAGAUUCUUAUGCUCACAAAACUGAAAUGUUCAUUAAUUUACAAUUCCCACUCCAUACAAUACACACUACACAGCCCGGACUUAAGGUUUGAUAACAAUUCAAGGUCUUCAACAGCCGUACAAAAAAAGGUAAACAAACUCCACAACCGACAUUCAUAGAGGCUACGGCAAGCCAUAGUAUAGCGCUUCGCAAAGAGCAAGCAGUUGAUAAAAAAAGGCUUGACCUUGUGCUCCGACCCGAUCCCCUAAGCCCCUCCUUUAGUCGAUAAGCACGGAUGCACUCUCUUCAAGGCGUUCGUUGACUUGAACUGAUUUCUUUUAGCGGCGCGUCAUUCGCACUUUGAGAUAACCGUAAGGCCAUUGCGGCCUUGCUUGGACAUCACCGAAGAUUACUGUGAUGGGUUACACUUACUGUCGCACCUUGGCAAGACGACCCCCAGGGUGCACAGUUAAUCACUCCCUAAUGCUGAUGUACUCCGAUUAGCACAAAAUUCUUGGUAAAGCUUGUGCGAUUAGCAAGUCGUCAAGGGGAGUACGCACUGGAAGCGUGUUUUCUCUUCUUCUUCUUCCGAAUCGAACUCAAUCAACACCUGACGCAACUGCACUCAAUCUUCUGAUACUCCGAUGCGAUAUCGCGCUACAAAGUACGUACGAUAGGGCAGGCUUACGAAGAUAUCCAUCGUGGACCCGGUGGGCGGCAAAGAUUAUGAAACAAUCAACCGCCCGUGUGGUAUGCUUAACGAGGCGGCUUUUUUGUGCACAUUCAUUCGAUAAGCGCACCCCACAUGCAUGCCCUGAUCCACUUCGUAACAGGUGCAUGGAACGUCCUGCUCCUGCUGUUAGCUUGAUGAGUGUUUUUCCCCCCAUUUGAUGGUACGUAUUUAAAUUCUAAGCGAUUUCCAAUGGUCGUGUACACAUGGCGUUUCUGACGACUGUACAAGCUAGAAUAUCUUUUCAAAAUACACACUCCUGCGGCCAGUGCCGUUGUGGCUGUGCGGCAAUCACGAUCAUGUUGAGGUUAAGCCCAGAAGAUCCAAAGGCAGUUAUGCCGUUCGCAAAGCGUCUUCUUUGGCUGUCUGGUUUUAGACAGGAAACGGAACAGCUUGAAAAGAAAAUAUUCUUCAAUCUGUUCGUCUACGUUGCAGCACUAUUGAUUCCUAAAGUGUGCUCUCCGUACCCCGACUCCGAAACCAUUAUACGAGGUUUAAGUGAGCUGAUCUUUUUCACCAACGUGUACGUUGGCUACUACUGCUUCGUCGUUCAGCAUCGCCACUACAGAGAUCUGCUCAAUGAAAUUCAGUCCUUCGUAAAUGUCGUAUACCCAACAUCCCAACAACCCGAAUCCCCAUCAGAACGAACCUUGAUCAAACUAAACGUUAAGAUAAAUAAAUUUUCGGUUCUCUACUGCUGGUACUUAGCAACGGCAGGCUUGAUUUAUUGGGGCACUCCAUGCCUGAUGACGUACCACUCAGUACUCAAAGCAAAGGCGGAAUAUGGACCGAACCACCCAAUCCGAUUCUACCCCAACCUGGAGGGAUCGUUUUACGGGCUUGACAAUCGUACUUCGGUGUAUGGCUAUGCCGCGUUUAGCAUAGUAGCAUUACUAGUCUUUGCUUUUGCUUCGUACAACAAUGCCACAAAGCUGCUAACGAUCCUGUCCACGAUCAAGUACUGCAGCACUCUUCUACAGCUUGUAGGUGUUGAGGUUGAUAACUUGAACCACACAUCUUCAGAAGCCAUCAGUCGAGAGCUGAAAAAGGUCAUCCAACUGCAUCAGCUUGCUCUGCGGUGUGUUGCUCUGCUCAACCAAACGCUAAGCUUUGUAAUGGCUCUGCAGCUAGCCCUAUGCAUUCUGACCUGGUGCUUCACGCUUCUCUACAUCCUGAUCGUCGGAUUCAAUGCAAUCGCGACGAAUGGUUUGCUGAUUAUGAUCAAUAUGACGCUUGAAAUGUUUGGCUACUGCUUUUUCUGCACCGAGCUUGACACCACGGGCAAGAUCGUUAGCAGGCAAAUGUACGAGUUCCGAUGGGAACAGCAUCGUCCCACGGUACAGAAAAUGGUGGCGAUGAUUAUUGCCCGCAGCCAAACUCCGCUUCAAAUUACGGCGUGCGGCUUUAUCCCGAUCAAUCUCGAAUUGUUCACUAAGGUGGUUAAGCACUCCUACACGGUUCUUGCCGUACUGAAAGAUCUGAUAUAGAAGUUAUAUGCUACUAUGUAAUUAUUGGCAAAAUCGAAUGUUUGUACAUACUUAAUUGCUCACAUCCUCAUCUCAAAUAAGACAAGAUGAUUUACUUUAAGCAUAUACAACAUGCAAUAAAGACAACGGUUUUGGAUUCAAUAUUAGUUUUUGUUGGGUCAUUUUACUUUUGCUGGAAACAGUACUUCGAACUGUAAAGCCAAACUGAGAAAAGCUGAACAUCCUAUGAGACGGAUGCCAAUAAACUGGCGUUACAUGUU